AUGGCCCCCUCAGCAAUAACCCAACUCGAAUCCGCCACAAUCCCCAUCCAAACCAAGCCCCUCUCAGAAAUCAAAGCCAGUACCUCCGAGAAAAAGAAAACAGCCCUCGAAAUGAUCUCCCAAGGAACCUGCCUCCCCGGCAUCCCCCAGCACCCCUCCUUCGCCUCCCACCGCCAAUGGACACUCGAACACAUGGCCCUCGCCUUCCGCGUCUUCGCCCGCAAAGACUACUGCGAAGGCAUGGCGGGCCACAUUUCCGUCCGGGACCCCGAGAAUCCUCACACCUUCUGGACGAACCCGCUUGGCCGGCAUUUCGGGCUGCUGAAAGCUAGUGAUAUGAUUCUGGUUGAUUACGAUGGGAAGGCGAUUGGGGGGAAUAUGAGCAGACCUGCAAACGCGGCGGGGUUCUUGAUUCAUAGUGCGGUGCAUAAGGCGCGGCCGGAUGUGACGGCGGCGUGCCAUACGCAUUCGCCGGCGGGGAAGGCGUGGAGUGCGUUUGCGAGGCCGUUGGAGAUGUUGAAUCAGGAUGUUACGUAUUUUUAUGGGGAGGCGCAGGCGGUUUAUAAGGAUUUUGGCGGCGUAGUAUUCACAGAAGAAGAAGGACAACGCCUCGCUGCCGCCCUCGGUCCAAAGGGCAAGGGCAUGAUCCUGAGGAACCACGGCUUGUUGACCGUUGGGCAGACGGUCGAUGAGGCGGCGUAUUUGUACACACUCAUGGAGCGGAGCUGUGAGGUGCAACUGCAGGUUGAGGCGGCGGCGGCGAAUGGGAUUCCGAAGGUCUAUGCGCCGGAUGAGUCGGCGAGGUAUACCUUUGAGAUGGCGAGUGAUCCAGAGGCGCUGUACUGUGAGUUCCAACCGGAUCUGGAGUAUGAGGAGGAGAUGUGUGGAGGGGCGCAUAAGUUGUGA